GAGACGUCCGAGGUUAAAGUUGAAACGUGACGUAGUAGGCUCGUGGUUGGAAGAUUCGCGGGAAACGUCCCAAAACAAAUGGGUUCCGAGGGACACGGGAGUAACUUCGUCUACAACUCGAACUGUUAGCCGUCUUCUUUCGUGCCCCGAUUUAACGUCCGCGGGCCGUUCUCAGCGACCGAAUACUACACGAAGAGGGUUCAACAAUUAGCUACUUCAGGAAACUCCGAGCUAACGUGUCUACAGGCGCUAAUCUGUUAGCUUGGUGCUACCACCUGCCUAAGACCUUUGCAGGUGCCAAAGACUCCUCGUUGUUCUCUGUUCGUCUUGCGGCAGAGUUGACGUUGACCAGUGAGAUGGCAGAGAGGCCGGAGGACCUGAACCUUCCCAACGCGGUCAUCACUCGCAUAAUCAAAGAGGCGCUCCCAGAUGGGGUGAAUGUGUCCAAAGAAGCAAGGAGAGCCAUAUCCCAAGCUGCCAGUGUGUUUGUGUUGUAUGCAACAUCUUGUGCAAAUAAUUUUGCCAUGAAAGCCAAGAGAAAAACUUUGAAUGCAGGCGAUGUUUUGGCCGCGAUGGAGGAGAUGGAGUUUGAAAGAUUCCUGGAGCCUCUUAGAGAAGCUUUGGAAGUGUAUAAAAAGGGGCAAAAGGGGAAGAAGGAGGUGUCUGAGCAGAAGCGCAAAGAUAAAGAGAAGAAGGCCGGCUCUGACAAUGAUAAGAGCAGGGAGGAAGAGGAGGAGGAUGACCACAUGGAGGAAGAGGAGCCACCUGAGGAGGAGGCUGAAGAGGAGGAAGUAGAGAAUUGACUUGUCGCCGCAGAGCUCUGAUGACAACAGUGUCAAAUCCUCAACAUCGGUUACUUUAAUGUUACCAUCAACUGGUGAUGAAGCAUGUAAGUGGCCUUUUGGCGUCAUAGUCACUGUGAAGAAUUGAUAAUGAGUGAAAUUGUGAUGAAUGAGAUGAGAGUCUAACUUCUUUGUGGUGUUGAAAAUGUCUUCCAGCCACAUAUCAGAUAACAAACAUCCAACACAAAGCACAAGGAAACCACUCAUAAAACUAUGACAUGCACUUCCUGACCAUUUGUUAGUCCGUUUUCUAGUUUUUAUAAUUUUGUAUAUACUUGCAUUAUGUUUUGAUACACUGUUAUUUUAUUAGAACUGGAUUUCUUUGCAAUAAAAAGCAUAAUGCAAUACACAGUGA